GGCACCGAGAGCACCUGCCGAUAUCUCUCAAAAGCCAUUGAAGCACAGACUAAACCCGACUUACUCCAUUGAUUCGGAUCCUUGGUACUUUUAUACUUUUAUACUUUUAAUGCACCCUUAAUUUUUUAAUCUCCUCACACUAUUGUGACCCUUUCCCUCGAGGGAAAAGACACGAACACCUAGAAUCUAUAGUAAAUUUUUGGAAAGGGUUGAAGCAAAUGUGACUGUCGAAGAAUUGAAAACCGGGGGAUAUCAAAAGCCAAUUGCGCCGUGACUAAACUCUCCAGAUCUCCCCAGCUUCAUCGACCUCUCGAACGUCCAAGCAUACAACGAAUCAAAUGGAUCAAGCAGAUAUACCCUCGCUGCUGUCGAGGCUCAACAGCGAUGAGGAUGCCAUGCGCAAAAUGGCAGUAUUUAAGCUGCAAUCUUCCAUUAACGAUCCCUCGUUCGCAGAUGUGUUCAUUUCCUCAGGGGGCCUCACUAUCCUACGUCGACUUAUCAUGACAACCAAUGCGAAUACCCUCGCAUACUCCCUACAGAGUCUGAGUCGUCUACUGGAAGUCGAUAUGGGUUGGGAAAUAUUCGAGUCGCAAGGUGCCGGGGAAUUGGUCGAACGAGUCGUCGAAUUGAUCGUUACACAUCCACUGGUUAACAUUCUACGAGGAGCCAUGUCGAUAUUGGUUGCCAUUGUGAGCCAUCCACAAUCUUCAGGGGGACGUAUAAAAAUACCUGGCGCAUUUGGAUUUAGAGCUUUGAAACCUGCCGUCGCGGUCUAUCCUCAAUUCUUCGAAAUGGUAGUCUCGCAACUCAAUUCUGCGGAUCAUUUACUUUGUGCAAAUGCACUGAUGCUGCUGAAUGCGUUAAUGCGGGAUUCGAUUACAAAUGAUAACGGACAUGGAAAGGAUGACGUUAGUAAAAGUAGUGGAACUGGGGAGGAAUGGCCGAAAUUCAUUAAACGUUUACAAGAUUUGGGGGUUAUUAAAGCUGCAUAUAACUUGAUGCAAAGCUCGGCAUUGCAAGAUUUGUCACAUCCGCUAUUGGAGUUUCAAAGUUUGACCAAGGUUUUAUUGGGUAAAUGGAAGGAGGUGAAGGUGGAUUUGGAGAGACCAGAACAUCGACGAGCACUAAAGGCAAUACAUCUAGCCAGCGCACCCGAAAAGAAAGACCUCAGCAACGGCGCGUCAGCAAAGGUAGAUACUUUGGAGAAUGGCGACAAAAAGGGGAGUCGGAAACACAGUCCUGAAAAGUGGAGAAGAUUGGGAUUUGAGACCGAAAGUCCUGCUUGGGAAUUCGAAGCGACCGGAUUUCUUGGUAUGAUGGAUUUGACUGAUUAUGUCAGGAAAAAUGAAGACGGGUUUCAAAAGCUUUUGCUAGAGCAAUCUUCUAAGCCAUUGAAUGAGAGAUGUCCUAUUGCAAGGGCUAGUCUAAUAGUUACAUCUAUUUUGUAUGACCACUUUGAUGUCGACAAAUCAGAUGCAGAGGAUGCGAAAACUUAUCUGGUAUUGGAUGGAGUAAAGAAUUAUGAUAAGAUAUUCCGGCCUCUACUACUUCAGUGGUCGAGGUUACACUCAUCGAGUUUGCAAGCUUUCUUCAGGUUGUGGAAAGCUACUGGCGCCGAGCAGGAUGAUUUUAUAAAAGUUGCGGAACUCGUACGGAUUUUAGUUGAGCAAGUGGUCGGUCAGGCUUCAAGAACAAAAGAUGUUCUAGAGGUAGAAGAAGAAUUGGCGGAAUUCGAAUAUUCGAAAUUACGAAAGCUACAGAUGGAGUUGUUGGAAUUGACCUUCGAAGACGAAUGGGGUCAACAUUUACAGCAAGUGCGAGAUGAACUUAAACAUGAAGCUCUUUUGUUUGUUAAGGAACAGAGAAUAAGAUGUCUACUUGAAGGAGCAUGGUUUCCAAGAAUUAUUCAACCGAAACCUGUUAGCGAAGAAGGAUCAUCUUCUACAAAAAGUCUAGGAAGAAGAAUACCAACAACAAGUUGGCGUUUUGUCAAACUUUCACACAAUCGGCGUUAUCUUCAUUAUUUCGAUUUUGACCAUCAAUUGAGUAAAGAGCCGACACUUGAUCAAUUGCUUGAAAAGAUUGACUUGGGUACUAUCAGUUCGGUCGUUUCCAAUGUCUCCGCGUCCCAUGAUGACGGCUCCAGUAUCUCAAGCUCCUCAACCCUCAAAGAUGCAAAUCCAUCAAAAGCAAAUACCACCACCAAAAUUACCAUCAAUAGCUACGUCACAGAGGACAAACCACAACAAGAUGAUACGGAUCCGGCUGAGAAAGCUAUUCUUACCCUCAUGCCUCCUACGCAUAGUCUUGCUUCGGAAUGGUUGGAUGGUUUGUUGAUGUUGUUGAACCAAGCGCCGAUUACAAGUGAGACCAAUAAACUUGUGAGCUUGGUUAGUGAGUAUGGAUUGAAGAUCAGACUUCUGAAUGUUAGGUUAGAUGAAGGAAGUGGGUAUGGAGGUCCCCAGGCGGGACAGGGUAAGGUGCCGAGUCGAGAGGGGUUAGAUGAGGAUUAUUUCUAUGAGGUUUAAUGGGUUGUUUUCAGCAGGGUCGAUGGGAUAUACUGUAUAUCAACACGGAAAGGAGAGGACCUGAUAUAAGUAAGCAAGGGCAGUGGAAGUGUCAGAUCUCUCUUACUUUUUCUUUAGUAUUUCUAGAUACCGUGGUUUGCUUUGUAAUGAUACCCUGGGGUUGGUUUAUUGGGAUACCUUUUAUGUAUAAUAGUCUCGUCUGGUUUACUAUGGGAUUUAAGUAUAUGCAUACCUAGGUAUUGGUAGAUAUUUAAUCACGUUAAUUGCCUUGCA